AUGCCUGGAUUCAAAACUCCCUUCGUCACUUCGGCCCGUAGGCCCAAGGUGUCGGCAAUGCCAGCCAGUUAUGGUCGGGGCUCGAACCUCGACCCGGCACUGGGUCCGCUGUCUGGCGUACAGACAACGGACAGCUGUGCCUUCCAGUCCUGUCGAGAGGGGCAGACGCGCUACUCAGCGGACUCCAGACCGCACCGAUCACAAGUCCCGGCUCCAGAAGCGGGUCGUCCUUCUCCGAUCAACCCCGCCAGUCGCCCACUUCACCAAGUCUGUCUUGGCCAGCAUCAGGACGGCUGGUGCCCCACCCUAUCGGAGCACUGUGUCCAGCCUUCCUCCCACAUGUCGCACACACCCUUCGAACUGGAUACCACCAGUCCGCGGCAGGACUCCUCUCCACAUUUCUGCACCCCGAGGGUCGCCACGGCGCUGGCUCAUCGGACCGUGAUUGCCGAACCCCAAGUCCAGCGAGUCAUGACGACGUUCGAGUUGCCGGCGUAUGCACGAUCCGCCUGCGUCUGUUUGGGUCCGAACCAGACUCCGGCAGAAUGUACGGGAUCCGCAUGUCUGUCUAUACUCACACACCCGUCACAUGAACCCUUCGGCCAGCAGACAUGGCCCUCAUUACAAUCGGAUAUUCAGGGUAGGUAG